CACAAAGCAGCGACAACUCUCUACCCAGUCACGUGGCUGGAGACAGUCAUUAGAGAACAUGCUGUGCUGCUUUCCAAGGUCUCAAGGCCGCAGGCCCAGGACCCAGAGAAGCGAAAGCACCAGGCAACAGAAUGGAAAUCAUUCAGCUGACAGCCUGGCAGAGCUCUGCUCAGUGAGCACAGUGCAGGCAGGGCCACCCCACACCGGGAUGGAGCCCCUGGAACAGGACUUCCCGGACAGGAACAGCAGGUCCUCUUCUGCUGUUCCAGACUCCUCACUAGAGUGGAACUCCCAGAUAGAUUUCAUCGAGGAGCUUCUCCUGGACCAGCUGGAGCCCCCUGAACUCCCGGAGGCAGAGCCCCAGGAUGAGGAAGAUGGUGGUAUGAGUCUGUGUAUCUGUGGGCCUGUAGUGCCAGCUCUAGACCACGCUGAAGUCCCACCUGCUGACCUGGUGCCACCUCCACCUGCAGCUCCCUCAGCAGCUCUGGCCCCACAGCAGGAGCCAGCACCUGGAAGCCCUGCUCCACCAGCUGCAGAGCUGGAACUCCUGGCUCCACAGCAGGGAUCCUCACUUGAGCUCCACCUGAGGUCAGCUCUUGACCCACACCUGCCGUUCCCCUGCCUUACUGAUUUAGUUAUUAUUGUGCUGAUUGCUGCACUUACUUCCCGGAGACAGGUCAAUGAUUGA